GAGCCAAAUAGAUGCCACUUUUUCUUCUUGGUCCUUGCAUUGCUAUCUCAAUACGUCAUGUGAUUCUACAAUGUAAGCGUGAAGUCGAAGUAGUUCUUGGUGGUACUUCAGCCCUCAUGCAUCUCCUCAUGCAUGCAAUGCAAGAUCGAUGCAAUCCUCAUCCUAUAUAAUAGAUAUAGCUUGAUAGCUUCCACCGACAAUGGCACCACGCCUAGCUAGCUACUGCUAGCUACGGCUAGCAGCUAGGAUACAAUCCUCUUGUGAGAUGAGAUACUAGCAUGGCAUCGCCAUCAAAUAAUGCACUGAGUGAUCUAUCUCUCACCAUGUCUGCCUUCCCAGUUGGCCAUUUCCCACUACAAAUAGCGAGCUGAUUCAUCGAUCUCAGCAGUCAGCACGUAGCUCAGAGCUAGCUAGCAGUAGCACCAGCAGCAGCCAUGGACGAUACCAUGGGCGGCAGCGCCACCCGUGGGCUGCUCGGCCACCAAGCGCGAGACGACGAGCAGGCGGCCAGGAACGUCGUGGUUGGCGCCGGUGCCCUGACCGUGGCGAGGGACUACCGGAGGGGGAACUGGACGCUGCCGGAGACGAUGCUGCUGAUCGAGGCCAAGCGGAAGGUGCACGAGGAGCGGCACCCGGGGGACCAGGGCCUGGCGCGGUGGCGCUGGGUCGAGGACUACUGCUGGCGGGCCGGCUGCCGGCGCAGCCAGAACCAGUGCAACGACCGCUGGGACAACCUCAUGCGGGACUACAAGAAGGUGCGCGCGUACGAGCUCAGCGGUACUGGGGCCGGCGCCGGCGGCAGAGCGCCCAGCUACUGGGCGAUGGGCAGGGAGGAGAGGAAGGAGAGGGGCCUCCCGACCAACCUCCUCCGCGAGAUAUACGACGCCAUGGGCGAGGUCAUCAAGAGGAGGAUGACCAUGGGCUGCUGCGGCAGUGGCGGAGGCGGACUCACGGCGGCGUCCUCUUCCAGCCUACUCGACGUUCCCAUGCAAGCUUCCCCGCUCGCUCAAGUCCUGCCACGACCUCUGCCUCCCGAACAAGGGACGCACGGGCAUUCCAGCCCCGAGUCGCCGGAGAGGAAGAGGAGGCGGCCGUCACUGGACGAGCUGCGGCCAGGGAGCGGCACGCCGUCAGCGCCAGCUGGAACGCACGCCUGCCGUCAGGGACGACAAGGACGCCACGGCGAGGAGGAGGAGGAGGACGACGGGGACGAGAGCUCCGCCGAGUCUGAGACUGAGUACUCCGACGACGACUACAACGUCCUGGGCGGAGCGAUCGGACGGUGCGCGGCGAUCCUGUCGGAGGCGCUGGAGAGCCGGGAGGCCGCGGAGGAGCGGCGGCACCGGGAGGUGAUGGCCGCGGAGGAGCGCCGCGGCCGCGCGCGGCAGGAGCGUCGCGAGGCCGGCGAGCAGUGCGUGGCUGGGCUGGCCGCCGCCGUGAACCAGCUCGCCGGGUCCAUGCUGGCGCUCGCCGCCGCCAAGCACGAGGACAAGGGCGGUCCCGCGGCGCCCAAGUGAGACAAGGUCAUCGUCAAGCGGAGAUAGGGGGACGGGGACCGGUCUCGUCCCUCAUGAUGACGCCGCCGUGCGCAGCUGCUGGCGCAGGAUGCAUGCUGCUCCGAUCCGCGCACGCGGCGGGCCAUCGAACGAGUGGGCUUCGUCCAGAUCGAGAUCAUCCUGCGCCUGCCAUGCACAGUGCUGCUGCGUGGGCGAUGCUCUCGUCUCGCAGCUCGAGACCGUCAGCGCGUGUGCUGCGGCGAGUCCGAGACGCCUGGCCCUUCUCCGAUAGAUCCGCUUGUGCAUGCAUGUGACUAGAGGCUACAGCUCGCUGGGUUGCUUUCAUUCUGAACUUCUGAUCGUCGUCCUGAAUCUGACAGGUCUAGACUACUGUCGCAUGAUAUGCAUCUGAUCCAUGGUAGAGAAACUUUUUGUUUAUGGUGUCAUAAAAAAUUGGCUGGUUCAUGCAUGUAUAGCUAGCUUCAUCCUGCUAGCUAGUUGGUAACUUAUAAAUUACUUCAUGUGUUAAUGUU